GUUAACCCAAAUUCCUACACAAGCCCCCUGCCGUCCGUCCGGCCGCUCGCUUUACCAUGGAUCUCGAUGAGGGGGCGGGGGUCAUCGCCGGGGGAGGUUCUUCCUCUGACUCUACCGUGCGCCAUCAGACGGCGCCGGCGCCGGCGAUCGAGCAAGCACCGUGCCGUCCCGCCGGUUCCUCCUCCGUGCGACCGCCAGCGGUCGUCGCCCCCGCGUUCGAAGGACUCUCCUUCCCUCCCCGUCCUGGAAAGCCGGAGUGGGUAAUGCUGGAUUGCUUCAUCCGCCACCUGAGCGUCGAGGAUUCCACCUUGGCUUACGAGUUCACCUCCGCCGGCGACAUCAUCGGCGUCGGCUUCAGAGCGGCGGCUCCCCCUGAGACGUCCCGCCUCGUCUUCAGCUUGUUUCCCGGCGAGACGAAGAAGAAGGAGAAAGGACAGCAGUUCGGAUUCCGACGAGACGGGCGGAUGGAUUCUUCCCUCUGGCCUUCGGAUGCUUCAAAAGCCGUCGCUGCCCACAGGAACUCCAUGCUACUGCGUUUCCUUGUCCCUUCCAGAGGUGGACGCAACGAGGAGUUCUUCAUCUACAGAUCUGAUCCUGUGGCUCUCAAAAGGCUUGGCCCCUGCGGACACGAGUUCAUCAACUGUUGUGUGGAGAACAGUGUUGGGAUUCUUUGCCGUGAGGAGGACGAUGAGUUCGCGGUGGCGCACCUCACGGUGACACCGCAAGGCCGCUCCAUCCCGUGGAGCGCUACCCCGGUGACAGGGGAACUUUGCUACAUGCUCAGCAAGGAUGGCACAUGGCGCACCAGGUGCCUGCCGAUCCGCCAUGGUGAGGGAGAAGGUGAUGGUUUGGUCUGGUGGGAAACCGAUACGGUCAUUGCCUUCCGUGACACGAUUUGCUGGGUGGAUUACUUGAGGGGGAUGCUGUUUUGUGAUGUUUUUAGCCCUGAUCCUGAGCUGCGAUACGUCCCACUGCCAGUGACUCCUUUUAAGGGAAAUAGACAUCCGGAAACAGGUGAUAGAGGGGGUAUAUUUGCACACCGAAGUGUUUGCGUCACACAAGAUGGUGCUAUCAGAUUCAUUGAUGCGGCGACCAGCAACGUUUAGUUUUCUGGCAGCCCAUGCCCAUGUCAGUGUUCUCUUUCUGCUGGUCCAUCCAACUUCACCUCCUGGGUACUGAGCAACGAUCAAGUCACAUGGAUAAUGGAUGGCGCAAUAGAAGUUGACAAAUUUUUUGACCUCGCCAAGUGCCUGCUAGGCCUUCCUCGGGUGCAGCCAAUGUUCCCUCUUGUGGACAUGAAGUACCCCCAAAUUGUUUACUUUGCAUUGAAAGGGAAAGGAGGUGCGGGGACAUUGCUUGUUCCAGCUAACAUGCAGAGCAAGACGCUUGGUAAGCCCAUUGCCUAUGCAUUGGGAAGCUCGUAUUCAAGAGGUGAAGAUGACAGCUACUUGACUUCUUGCAAUCUGUUCUACAAUGAAUCAUUCUUACCUUGUAAAUUUGCCUAGCUCCUAGCUAGGUCUGCAUGUGCCUUGCUUGCACCAGGUAGUAAUAAUACACUUCUGUGCUUAUUCUCCUCCAAGCUUGACGGCUUAUUACCUUUGUACUUCACCCGGUUAUUACAUUUCUAGGACAAUGAAACAAUAAUGGAUGGAAAAGUGGAAAACAUGUUUACCGAACUCUUAAUCUCAAAACCGAUGCCUAACUCUUGAGUCUGUUUCAAUCACAACAUAAGUCUAACUCUUGAGGCGCCUGCCAACAAGCAAACCAAUAGUUCUCAAUGGAAUUUAAUAGAUGAUUUUUUACAUUGUCUAUCUAUGCUGGUGUGCGGACCUGUUGUGCCACAUCAAAUUGGCAAAAAAGUAACGCAAUCUUAAUUCUGUCACCAAUGCAUUAAUGUUACGUCUCUUUUUCCUUAAUGUUACAUGUAGUACAUGAUCAUUGUAUUUGUGCUUAUUAUACUGGAAGGUGCAAUUACCAUGGAUGUAUUUCUGAAUACCAACUGGGAAGAGGUAAAGAGCUCCUCAGCUGUCGACUAUGGAUGAUACCUUAUGUUAUUUUCCUUAUAUCUGUUCUUUGAUGAAAACCUUAUUUUCUUUCCUGUGCUUGCAGUUCUUUAUAACUUGUGCAAAGUGUGACUGGCUGGACAACAAACAUGUGGUCUUUGGGCUAUUGGAGGCAAGGACAAGCCAGACGAUGUAGCGCUCUCGCUCCUUGUCACCACUCGUUGUUAGAUUCCAAUCUCCUUCUCAAACACGCGAACGCACAUCCAUUUCAGCUGUUAAAGCGUCAUUAGCGCGAUUCAUCAGUUUCAUUUCACCCAGGCUGCAUCUGUAAGAAGAGGGAGGAAAUAGAUGCUGCAAAACUGAGCAGUUGGCAGAGCUGCCCCACUUUGCAUUGGUUGGUUACUGCAAUAUACUAUGUUCAAAUAAUCGUCUUAACUAGCCAAAUAGUUUUAACAGCCGCUGCAAUUCUGCAUAUUAAUAAGUUUCACUUGGUUUUCAGAAAACCAAUUCAA